AUGAAUCUACAGAUGACCUUGAAACGCCGCCUCACCAUCCUUGCCGUGGUCACUACCGGCGGCUCAGCUGUCCUCGUCAGCGGUCUGAGAGCGAUCGUCCUUUUCGAGUUUUCUACGUCGCCCGACUUCACCUGGUCCAUUGGGAAAAUGGCCAUCAUAUCGAAUAUUGAAAUGCAAGUAGCUAUUCUUGCCGCGAACAUGCCUUCGUUGAAGGCCUUCUAUACCUGUUGGAGGAUGCAGAAACUGGGUCGCGGACAAGGAGUCGAUCUUGCAUACCAUCAAUCAAGGCAUCUGAACCCGGGUCGACCUGAGGAUAUCGAACUCAGCCGGAAAUUGAAGUCAUCGUUCCCUUCCGUGAGCAUGAGAAACCGCCCACGAGACACCACAGCUGCGUCGAUAGCAGCAAGCGAGGAGCGUUUGUACGAAGGUCUAGAGCCUGUUAUCGAUACUGCUGCUUGUAGUUCGAAGACUUCGAGUGCAUACUAUAGUGACAAGUAG